CGCAAGACGCUGGUCGUUUUUAUUUUGUCAGCGCCGCCAUUAAAUCCGCAUCUAAAUCAACAUUCAGAGCUUAGAAUCAGUAUUCAUCGAUUUAAAAACAUUCAACGAUUUAUAUAAAGCUCGGAGAACAAACAACGCAAUGGAGUUCGAAUAACAACAGUAAAGACUGACUGAGGUGGUUUAAGUCUCAUUAAUGAGGAGUCGCGCGCGGAGCGAUAUUUCUGUCUCCGCCUCAAUGUGUGACUCUGAUGUAAGUGUGUGUUGAGUGAGUGAGUGAGUGUGUGUGUGUGUGUGUGUGCGUGCGUGUGCGAGUGAGUGUGUGUGUGUGUGUGCUGAUCCAUCAUGACAGAGCUGUGUGUGAAGUGGUCGUGUGAGUACUGCACGUAUGAAAACUGGCCGUCUGCUAUUAAAUGCACCAUGUGUCGGGCGCAGAAACCCAGCGCAACCAUCAUCACAGCGGACCCGUUCCCGGGCAGAACCGACCCGACCCCGGUUCUCAUCUGUCCCGACUCCAGCGCCCGGCCCCGGGUCCGGUCGGCCCAGUCCGUGGAGCCCAGUGGGAAGUGGUCGUGUCAGGUGUGCACGUUCCUGAACUGGCCCAGAUCGGUGCGCUGUACUCAGUGCCGAAGCCUCCGGGCCACAGAACCACCGUCCGGAACCGGCCGCCCCGCGUCAGACCCGUGUGAGGAGUACAACGACCGGAACCGGCUCAACAUGCGCGUGCAGUGCUGGACCUGCUCGGGCUGCUCGUACGAGAACUGGCCCAAAUCCCCUCGCUGCGUGGUGUGUGACCAGGCCCGACCCAACGACGCCUACCAGCCCGUCGAGCCUGACGAGAUCAACGAGCUCUCCGCCGUGAUCAACGAGACGGAGCGCAGGCACGCGCGGGGUGUGUGUAGCGGGGCGCGCCGACACUCGCCCAGCUCGUCCACACGCGAGGCAGAACUGCAGAUCGAGCUCGCCGCCGGAGCUCAGAGCGGGAGAGACGAGAGAGAGGUGGACUUCAAGAAGCUCAAGCAGAUCAAGAACCGCAUGAGGAGAACAGACUGGCUGUUCCUCAACGCCUGCGCUGGUGUGGUCGAAGGCGAUCUGUCGGCGGUCGAGGCCUAUAAGUCGUCAGGCGGUGACAUCGCGCGUCAGCUGACGGGUGACGAGGUGCGUCUGCUGAACCGGCCCUCAGCGUUCGACAGCGGAUUCACACUCGUACACCUCGCCAUACGCUUCCAGAGGCAGGACAUGCUGGCCGUGCUGCUGACAGAGGUGUCCCAGCGCGCAGUGAAAUGCAUCCCAGCGAUGGUUUGCCCUGAACUGACGGAGCAGAUCCGCAGAGAGAUCAGCGCAUCACUGCACCAGCGCAAGGGAGACUUCAACUGCUACUUCCUGACAGACCUCGUCACAUUCACACUGCCGGCAGAUAUUGAAGAUCUGCCUCCUGCCGUUCAGGAGAAGCUGUUUGAUGAGGUUCUGGACCGAGACGUGCAGAAGGAGCUGGAGGAGGACUCUGCGGUCAUCAACUGGUCUCUGGAGUCGGGCUCGCGCCUGGACUCGCGUCUCUACGCUCUGUGGAACCGCACCGCUGGAGACUGCCUGCUGGACUCGGUUCUGCAGGCCACAUGGGGCAUCUAUGAUAAAGACUCAGUGCUGAGGAAAACUCUACACGACAGUUUACACGACUGCUCUCACUGGUUCUACACGCGCUGGAAGGAAUGGGAGUCGUGGUAUUCACAGAGUUUUGGGCUUCACUUCUCUCUGAGAGAGGAACAGUGGCAGGAGGACUGGACCUUCAUCAUCAACCUCGCCAGUCAGCCCGGCGCGAGUUUAGAGCAAACGCAUAUAUUUGUUCUGGCUCAUAUCCUGCGGCGGCCCAUCAUCGUUUACGGAGUGAAGUAUUACAAGAGUUUCCGUGGAGAAACUUUAGGAUUCACUCGAUUUCAAGGUGUUUACCUGCCGUUGCUAUGGGAACAGAGCUUCUGCUGGAAGAGUCCGAUUGCUCUCGGUUACACGAGAGGUCACUUUUCUGCUCUGGUCGGCAUGGAAACGGACGGUUGUGAUAAUCGUGGUGCAGGCGCCAAUCUGAACACUGAUGACGACGUGAGCGUGACCUUCCUGCCACUGGUGGACAGUGAGAGGAAACUACUACAGAUACACUUCCUGUCAGCACAAGAGAUGGGCAGUGAGGAGCAGCAGGAGCGUCUGCUCAGGGAUUGGCUGGACUGCUGUGUGACGGAGGGCGGGACGCUAGCGGCGCUGCAGAAGAGCAUCAGACGCAGACGUCACCCGCUCGUCACACACAUGCUGGAGAAGUGGCUCGACGGGUACCGGCAGGCGCUCGCGUGCCCCUCCGACGGCGAGGACGACGACGACGACUGACGCACAUCUCAG